ACACGAUCGAUACGACCGACACGACCGACAUGACCGACACGACCGACACCAGCCGUGCUGAACGCACCUCAGACCCCUCCCGCGGCAGUGCUGUGAGCUUCUCAGACAUACCCGACCUCAUGAACGAUCCGGCCUUUGCGCCUCCGCAACGACGCGACACGGCCUCUUCGAUGAAAAGCGGCACGGAUGGGGAUGCAGGCGGCGAUACUUGUCGGAUAUGCAGAAGCGAAGGCUCUCCGGAUGAACCGCUGUUCUACCCGUGCAAAUGCAGCGGCAGCAUCAAGUUCGUCCACCAGGAGUGUCUCAUGGAAUGGCUGAGCCACUCGCACAAAAAGCACUGCGAGUUGUGCAAGACGCCCUUCCGCUUCACCAAGCUCUACGACGCAGACAUGCCGACGACCUUGCCGUGGACCGUCUUCAUCCAGCGCGCUUUCAUCCACGUGGCAAUGAUGUUCUCCAGCGGCUUGCGCGCGCUAGUGGUCAUCAGCGUCUGGCUGCUGUUUCUUCCCCUUAUGAUCCGGUGGGCCUGGAGAUGGAUGUUUUGGUUUGCGGAUGCUGGCUGGGCACGCGAACUGUACAUCAAACGAAUGCAGGUCGCAGACGUCAAUGCUGCCAAGGCGCAACAUUCAGGCACCGAACUGGUCCACGACGUGUCUGCCGGCCUUCAGACUGCCCUCUACGAUGCCUACGAUAGGUGGUUCGGCUCCGUGGACUGGAAGAGCACCUUCAUGCAGAGCACUACCAAUGCCACUGCGACUGCACCCUCGACGAUUCGGAAUGCCACCGCCACCAUCAAUAUAUACAACACGACGUCGUACUGGCCGCAGGCCGAUGCUUCCGUUCUGUCUUCGUGGACCCACCUCUCGGAACUCACACCAAGUCCCAAAAUCAAUCGCGUGAUCCUAGAUGUUUUUGAAGGACAACUCAUAACAUGUGUCGUGAUCCUGGGCUUCAUCCUAGUCUUCCUCAUCCGUGAGUGGGUCGUACAACAGCAACCAUUGGUCAACCUAGACCAGCUACAGAACGAGCGCCGAGAACAGGAGCGGCGCAUACAGGAGCGGGAUCGCCUCCGGCGGCAAGCCGAACUUGUAGAAGAAGCAAGAGAAAGGUUGGCUGCUUUGCAAAAUGAGAGAGUCGCGAGAUUGAGAAGAAUGCAGGAUGAGGACGGUGGUGCCUCGUCGACGAAUGCCAACCGCGCCCCUGACAUCAUUGAGAUUGGCUGGGACGAGGUGUACGUACUCAUUGAUUCUGCGACACAGGAGCUCAGCUUGGGUGGUGGAGGCCGUGAGGCAUUCAUGAUCAAGGCCUCAGAAGUCAUGUGCGAAAUCUUAGCCGCUGAGAGUAGCGGCGCUGAUGCGAGCACCUUGGCGGACAAGGUACACUCGAAGUUGAGCGAACUUUCCAAUGAGCAGCGAGAAGCCUGGGAAGAAGUCUUGCUUGCAGAACUCGAGGCUCGAGGUGCGAGGAAGCCAGGUCGGGGUGCUUCAUCACGCGAGAGUCAGGCCGCGGUGGCAGAAAGCUCCACGGCUCCCCGGAGACCGCGCAUGCCAGCCCGAGCUCAAUCGUCUGCAGCGACUGUCAUCAAUCGUGUUCUAGAAGAAGAGGAAGUGGAUCCUGACCGUACUGCAAGAGGAGAAGCAGCUGAUGCGAAUCCUUCUUUAGACGAGGCAGCCUUCUCAGCUUCCAGGGCGGAGAACCAAGCAGUCCCUCGUGGCCCACGUCCGAUCAGUACUACGAGGCUGCUGGAGGCCAAUCCCGCAGUCAAGACUCAGGUACUCAACGAGCCCGUGCCCAGCCACAACGACGCCAGUGCCACAGGCCUCGAAACGAUGCCGAUCACCAAUGCCGGUCCAGAUGCUAAAGUUAACAUCAAGCGCAAAGGCACCGGUAAAGCAAGAAUCAUCGUGCUCGAACCUGACGAGGAAGAGCCAGCGCAUAUUAUUGCGGCCAACGAGCUGAACCGGUUGCUGGCCAAGAAAGUGGCCAGUUCGGACGCCAAGGUGCCUGAAGGCACGUCGCGAGAAGAACCGGGGGCAAACGAGCAGGAAGCUACCGAUCUCACCGUGUACCAAAGUCGACAUGAAUCCGAGUCUUCUGGUCCACCGAGUGACUCUCGCGUCAACCCAUUUCAUCCAGAUGGUCCUAUGCCAGACUCUUCUAGGUCUGUCUCCAACGACGAUAUCGCUGCUACCAGCGGAGUGAACCACGAGGAAACAAAUGAAGAGGAAGACCAGGCCAGGCAAGCUGAAAUGGGGUACGAAGCUGCCGAAGCCACAGAGCAUGACAGCGACGUUGCUGAUCUCGCCAUCCCAACGCCACAGCGAGUCGUGCCGCCUGCAGGCCCUGCGAAUUGGCUCAUUGACUGGUUCUGGGGUGAUAUUCAGCCCCAGAACCACUCUGAACCAAUUCCGGCGGCUCCGGAGGAACGCAUUGAUCCGCACGACCCUCAAGAAGCACCCUUGGUGCCAGUGCAGGAUGGUGCCCAAUUUAUCGAUCAAGAGAUGGACGAUGGUGAGCCUCAAGGGGCGCCUGACCCCGAGGUGCUUGCUGCCGCACAACAAGUUGGUCUCGAUGCUGAGGCUAUCGAAGACGCCGAAGACUUGGAAGGCAUCGUCGAGCUCAUUGGUCUGCAAGGCCCUAUCAUAGGGCUGUUCCAAACCUCGUGCUUCUGCAGUGUUCUGGUUAUUAGCUCCGUCUUCUGCGCUAUUGGCGUUCCGUAUAUGUGGGGCAAAUUGGUGCUGGUCUUCAUUAACAGCCCUGUGGAGAGUUUGAUCAAGACUCCCUUACGCUUCAUCUCACUCUUCACCGACUUCUUGGUCGAUGUUGCACUACUCGUCAUUGGGUGGCUGGCAACUGCAGCCAUCAAGCUGGUCGAGACGGUGACCUCGUCUGUGGAAGCGUUUGUGCCUUGGCUAGGCGACGCAGAGCUUACGUCGUGGUGCUACAAAAUCUCCAAGGCAACCGCAGUCGGCGCUUAUCAUCGCCUGUCCAGCUUGUUUCCCUCCGCGACGGACACGAGUGCAGACACGGCAGGCAUGCAAUGGGCUUGGCUACAUGUGUCAGUGGAGGCUCACGCAUCACUGCGGACGAUUCAGCACGAGAGCAGUGUGGUACUCAACUACAGUGGUAGUGUGAUCACCUCCAUCGUGGAAUGCGUUUCGUCGGGUUCUGCUACCGUAAUUUGUCACAGCCUACUGGCUGCAGUGAAGCAUAUUGCUGGAAAUGUAGUGCGGGCGUGUGCCAGUCUCGAGUCCGUGAAGGAGUAUGUCAGCCAGUGGUGGACGACUAUUAGUGGCAUGCGCAGUGGCUGGUUGCUCAACUUGUCGAGCGCUAACUCAUCAGUCGCAUUUGACCCUGCACUGGUGUACUGGAAUUCGAAUGAUCGAGGCUUGGCAGUCUUAGCGGGCUAUGUUGCACUUGCUAUGCUCGCGGCCAUAUAUGUUGCUCUUGACACACCAAUCACCAGCUCUGAAAGCCACCAGAAGACUGAAAAGGUUAUACGAGACUCGCUUCGCCAGGCUGGCGGUGUGUUGAAGGUCAUUCUGAUCAUCAGCAUCGAAAUGCUGGUAUUUCCACUAUACUGUGGACUCUUACUCGACAUCGCCUUCCUGCCUCUGCAAGAUGGCGCGUCUCUUGCGACGCGCUGGGCAUAUGCAACCCAAGCGCCGUAUACCUUCUGCUUCAUCCACUGGUUCGUCGGGACUUGCUACAUGUUCCAUUUUGCGCUCUUUGUCGGUAUGUGUCGCAAGAUCCUGAGGAAGGGGACGCUGUGGUUCAUCAGAGAUCCCGAUGACCCGACUUUUCAUCCUGUGCGCGAUGUGCUGGAACGCAACGUCACUACCCAGCUGCGUAAGAUCGCUUUCAGCGCUCUUGUUUACGGCGCACUCGUCAUCUUGUGCUUGGGUGGUGUGAUAUGGAGCAUUGGCAGAUUGUUCCAGGGCAUCUUUCCAAUCCACUGGGUCGCCACUGAACCCUAUGUGGAGUUCUCCGUCGAUUUGCUGCUCUACACCUCUCUCACACCAACGCUGCUGAACUUGGCUAAGCCGAGCACAAUCGUCCAUGCAAUGUACGCGUGGUGGCUGCGACGUUGUGCCCGAGCACUGAGACUAUCCCAUUUCUUGUUUGGCGACCGGAAGAAGGACGAAGAGGGUCGACAUGUACGGGGCACGUGGUCCAGUUUCUUUUUGAUGAAGACUGCAAAGCUGGAUCAAGCCACUGGCUUGAUUCUGGUGGACAACGAAGAGCGCCCCGAGGUGUUCUUCCAGCGCGACGGCAAGUAUGUCUUGACGCCCUGCAACGAUCAGUACCGGCCGCCGAAGCCUGGCGAAGCCUUCAUCCACGUUGAGAAUAACGAUGUUUACAUUGCCGAUAAGAACGGCAAGAAGAACGACCAUUUUGCCAGGAUCUACACACCACCGAACUUUCGACUGCGCAUGACAUUCUUCAUGGUCAGCUUAUGGAUGUUUUCGGCAUUUAUUGGGCUUUGCGCAACUUUGGUCCCACUCUGCUUUGGUCGACAGGUACUGGUCAUGGUCUUGCCAGCCGGCGUCGUGGUCAACGACAUUUACGCAUACUCAAUCGGCGCAUACUUCUUUGGGGGUCUUUUAUUCCUUGCACUCAAGGGCGGCGCUGGAGCACAAUAUCUCCGUCAGAGGGCUACCGAGGUAGACUUCAAAGCGUGGGCUGCUGCUGCCGCGAAGACGACGCUGCAGGCAUUAAAAUGUUUGUACGUUUAUGGCUUCGCGUGCGUGGUAAUGCCUCUCGUGUUUGUCACGACACUACAUUUCUACUUCCUCAUACCACUUCACACCCACCUCGCCUCCUCGAUUCGUCCAGCACUCCUGGACGCGAUGAAUCCGGAUGCCGCCAACAGCACACUUACGGCAGUUGUCAAUGCCACGAUGCAGUCAUUCUCGCAGCAGGGAUCUAAUUUCACUCAGGCGUCUUCACGCUCCACGAUGCCCUCGGUGGCAGAACAUAGCAUACAUGUCCUCGCAGACGGGGCUCUAGGUAUGCUCAUUGGCAAAAUCGUCGUCCGAGGCAUUCUCUUGGCGCCAUCCUCUCGCGCGGCUGAAGCUUGCCGGCGCAUUACGGCAGACGGAUAUCUCAACCCUAAUGCACGGCUCGCCACGAGAUUCAUCAUCGUGCCCGCUACACUGUUGUCGUCCGUGGUCUUGCUGGGUCCUCUGGGCCUCGCGAACAUGAUCUUGAGCUUUGUCACCUGGCUGGGUCCUCGGAUGGCCAGCAAUUUCGAAGGAAUCACUGAGGAGGUGCAAGUACUAGUACAUCGAUACUCAUACCCAGUAACUGCCGCCUGGGCAUUGAGUUUAUGGGGCACUGGACAGAUGGCCAAAGCCACUGGCCGAUGGAGAGCUAGAAUACGAGAUGAAGUGUAUCUAGUUGGGGAGAGGCUGCACAAUUUCGGCGAGAAGAAGCCUCCUCCGGGCACGAAGGGCGUGGUGAGGAGGGCGAGGUAAUUGUGGCCUGUGUGUGUGCAUCUGGGAACAUGUGCGAUAUGGUGGUAUUAGCGUUGGCGUUGGUGUCGGCAUGGGAUGACUUAGACGACUCUGCCGGUCUGUCCGAGCGUUGCAUAUAACAUGGUGCAUGCAACCAAAUUGCUCCUGGAUAGGCCAUGUCGGAACGUUGAUGUGACGUAUUACAAAACAAAAUAUUUGAAGCUGUUAUCCUAGAUACAUCAGGUACAUAAGGUACAUAUCAAUCUGCUGCACCCCACGACCAUAAGACAAC